AUGGAGCCUCGAGUAGUCGAGCGGGGCGGAACGACCCUCCACAUAUGGGAAGAGCCCGCACCGCCAUCCGGCGUGCGGUGGGCGCUGGACUACAAAGGGCCGGAGUAUGCGCGGGUGCAGCCGGACGUGAUUGUGUAUACGUUCAGUGUGGCGGAGAGCUUCUAUGACGUCACGUUCGAGCUGCCCAACCGCUGCCGUGGCAGAACCGCCUACGGGGCCGACUUCACCAUCCCGCUGAUCGUGGUCGGCACCAUGGCCGACCUGCGCCACGCCUACGAGCACGAGCGGAAGCUCAUCACAGACCGCGAGGCACGAAGUCUGGCAGAGAAAGUGUCGGCGCUUUACUACGUGGAGGUGAGCGCCAGGGAGCGAACGAACAUCGACCUGCUAUGGGACGUGUUGGCCAAGUCCAAGUCCAUGCGCCACUGGAUCGAAGCACGCGAGUUCAGAAAUCGACGGCUCGGAUUGUCGCCGCCAGAAGGCACGGCCGACGAUGUACCGCUGUUGCCCUCCGAGGACAGAUCCCGUUGUGUUCUGAGCUGA